UCUUGAAUAUAACUAAAAAUGUAAAAAUAACAUGGCAUAUAGCGUUUACACGACGACAGGUCUGCACGAGGACAGUCAAGUAGAGGUCUCGUGGUCACGCUCUCAUGGUAACCAUGGAAACAGUACACAACUUGGUAAAGCACAACAGAGCGACUGAAGUGAAAAUGGCAGCCAGAUACGAGGUAGCUGAAGAAUCCGUCGACGGUCCAUUUUACCUCGAGAAAGUUUUAAUUCCAGAGGACUCCGAGGAUGACUAUAUAUACGACGAAGUGACUGUCGACGACGAACUCAGCAUAACUGAGGGGGAAGAGGACUUGGAAACUGCCAUUAAAGCAGUUCGGGAUAAAACAGAUGCCACCGAAUGCACAACACAAUGGGUCAGUUCACCCAAACAUCCAGUUCCUAAAAUACCUGAAGUGGUGGACGACUUUCUCCGCAAUUAUCUGGUAAAAAUGGGCAUGAAAAGAACAUUAGACUGCUUCCAGACAGAGUGGUUUGAAAUGAUACACAAAGGCUUAAUGAAAGCAGACCGAAUGGAAUUCGUACCUGAUGCCCAUACACACAACCAGAUCCUAGACAAUGAGCUAAAAAACAUACAAAGAGAGCGGGAUAGCUAUAAACAGGCUGCAUUUGAAGCUGGAGAAACCAUAGUAAAGCUACAAAGAGAGAGAGACUUCCAUAGGAUGCAGCACAAGCGUGUUGUUCAAGAGAAGAAUAGACUUAUUGAGGACAUAAAAAAGCUGAAGAAACACUAUGCAUCCUACGAGCCCGCUCUUAGACAGCUAAAUGAGAAGUAUCAGACAGCUGUAAGGCAGAAGAUGCUGGUUAGUCUGGAGAGAGACAGAGCAUUCAGCCAGGUUCAGAACCUAGACAGCUCUCCACGUACCGCACAUUCUUCCCCAGUAACUCAAACAGCUCUAAAAGCGGCAAACCCUCCACAGGAAAAAGAAAAAUUCCAGAAGAGUCCACAAAAAGGAGCACACCCGCCAUGUGACAACAUUACAUCAUACAAUGGUAUCAAGGACCCUAACAAGAACACAAAACAUCCUAAAGAUUCUGAAUUCCCAGCCAGUACUCGCGUCAAUCCCUACUUGCCUCAAAUCAAAGCUUUCUCUUCCGCCAACAGCAAAUCAGCCAACUUCUCUCUCUCAAAGUCUUUUAAAGCACACACAAUGGCAGUAAGCUUCCUCGCUCUCCAUCCCCGUAAAAUGAUAGUAGCCUCCUCAAGUGAUGACCAGCUUUGGAGAUUAUGGGGAAUACCAGAGGGAGAGAUGAUCAUGACUGGCGAGGGUCACACUGAUUGGCUGUCAUCCUGUAGUUUCCAUCCCAGUGGUAGAUUCCUGGGUACCACAAGUGGGGACGCCACAGUUAAAAUUUGGGACUUUGCUAAAGGUCGCUGUGUGCUUAGUUUGGAGGGACACAUCCAUGCUACCUGGGCCUGUUCCUUCCAUUCCUGUGGUGAUUUUGUGGCCUCUUGUUCUAUGGAUAACACUGCUAAAGUGUGGGACUUGAACAGUGAGCGUUGCCGCUGCACUCUCCGUGGACACGUUGACUCGGUGAACAGCAUUUCUUUCCUGCCCUUCUCAAACAUUCUACUUACCUGCUCAGCAGACAAGACCCUCUCUCUUUGGGAUGCCCGUGCUGGAUUGUGUGCUCAAACUUUCUACGGGCACAAGCAUUCAAGCAACCACGCAGUCUUUAAUGCCACAGGGGACACAAUUGCUUCAUGCGACUCUUUUGGGGUGGUCAAAUUAUGGGAUGUGAGGAGUGUGUCAGCUAUGGUGUCCAUAGACACUGGGCCUCAUCCCAGCAAUCAAGUGGCCUUCAGUCCAAAUGGAAGAAUGCUAGCAGUGGCGAGUAACGAUGGCUCUGUGAAAAUGGUAGAAGUGGCAUCUUUACAUUUGUCUAGUCUAAUAGCUCAUGAUGAAACAGUUCAGAGUGUCAUUUUUGACCAUAAAGGGGAAUACCUUCUAUCUGCAGGCUCUGAUGGUGCAAUUCACAUCUGGUCAUAACAAUACAUAGGCUAUUUACAAUGGUUAAGAAAUGGUUUUGAAAUUUAAAUACAUUCUGACAUCCUUUGUUAUUAAUUAAUAUACACAUAUUUGUUUAAAAAUAAAACGGUUUCCUGCACACAAGCUUCUAGAUUCUGGAAGAACUUUAUAGUAAGCUUUAAAUAACCAAAUAGCUAUUUAAAGCAAACAGUGCAUUGCAAGAAUAUUUUGAAUUUUUUUUUUUUUUUUUUUUUGGUGCAUUGGCACUUUACAUUGACAAGCAUAAGGACAUCUUUACUCAUGUAAUAAUCAAAUGCAGACUUAAUUUCAUGUUCUUAUUAUUUAAUUUGUAUGUCUACACAUGUUAAAGAAUAACUUGCUCCCAGUCUGUAACGACAUAUUUUCUUGAAUUUUUGCUAUUUUGUUAUAUUAUUUCCAAUGUUUGAACUCAAUCAAUUAAUUAAAUGUAAAACCCCUUAUAGCAAAUAAAAAUCUGAUACAACUAUUCAACUUGGUAGCUUGGACUUUUUUCUUCUAGAUAAAGUUUAACAUCUUGACUCUAAAGAAGUGUACAUGGGUAACUGACGAAUAAGGUUUUUAAAAGUGUAAAAAAAAACAUAAUGGAGAUAUAAUUAAUUUUGAAGUUUUAUUAAGUGUUAACAAUGAGAUAAUGUGGUUUUUAUAAUCAAUUAACACUACUUUUGUCAUUUUUUACAAGAUGGACAAUUUGUCACCAAAAAAGUCAUUCGGUUUAACCAAAACUUCGGUUAUACCGAAUGACGAUAUUUUCAAACAAUGCUAACAGUCUGAUAUCUAGCUACCUAGCUAGAUAGAUUACUAGCUAGCUAGCAAAAGGAAAAUCAAGCAUUUUAUAUUUAGUACAAGUUUUUUAAAUAUUACAAAACAUAUUUUCCAUGUUUUAUAGCGGUUGUACCGAAUGACUUGAUGUUUCGGGAUAUGCGUAUGAGCAAGUGAAAACAUGAAUUUUUCAAAUAGUUAAGAGAGAGUUAGUUACUUUGCUUCACAACCAUGUGGUCCUUUGCAGGUGUCUGAAUGAUGUCACAUCCUGUCACGAUAUUGACCACAUGACUUGAUCCAAAAUGGUCUCUUUAUAUACUCCGAAUGACAUCAAAGAAAUUCAUUUUUCCUGAUAUUCUUUCUCAUAACAAAGCAACAACUUCUACACAUAAUUUUAAUACCAUGUUGCACUAUGUUAAUAUAUGAUGUUAUAAAAUAAUGCCAGAAUUUAUUUUAAUUUAUUACAUUUUAAGAUAUUUUAAUCACAAAUGAAAUUACUGUAUUGGCCUUUGGAUGGUUAAACCGAAUGACCUUUUGACACUUCGAAAUCUUUGAAAUAGCUUUAUAUGUAGCAAAAUAUAAUUAAAACCUUUUGGAUUCAAUAAAAUAGAUCUAGUUUACUACCUUACAUACUUUGGAUGUCAUAUCUUUGUUUUUUAUUAUUAUUAAGGCCUCUGGACAAAAAAAAUGACCCGUCAUGUCAUUGACCCAUAUACGGGCCAACAAGUUAACUGUAUUGGAACUCGAGUUGACACAACUUGAAAUAAAGUUUAGUUUUUCUAACGUUUUUCAUUUUCCAUCUUUAUUCCUAAAUUAUUGUAAAUGUUAUUUCAUUUUUAUAUGAUGUUGAAUACAUUUUGUAAAUAUUGUGUGAGUGACGUGUUAAAAUUAUCAAAUGAGAAAACACAGCUUAUGCUGUGAGAACAUGCUUAUUGUAGAUCUAGACUAAAUGUGAGCAUUUACUCAUCACACUUGCACAAAAACAGAUUCAGUAUUUCUCAAAAUGAAUAAAAACAGUGAAACGCAAUCUCAGAAUAUUGCACAAACCUGCAAUAAUUAAAUAUAUUAAAUUAAACAAAUAUAGUUUAUGUAUUUAAUCUCACUUUAUUAACCAAUGUCUUUGCUGCUGACUUUCAGUGAUCCAAUUCAACCAUACUAAUAAGCAAAAAUGACUUUAGAUAAACAUCACAUUUGUGAUCAGCCUGAAGAACUUCUCAUUGUUAUUAAAAACAAACAAGUAAGCCCAGGCCAGGUGAGAAAAAGUAACGCAAAAGUAAUGUAACGCAAUACUUUCCAUAAAAAAGUAACUAAGUAAUGCAAUUAGUUAACCAAUUAGUUAGCCUACUUUUUUAGGGAGUAACACAAUAUUGUAAUGCAUUGCUUUUAAGUAACUUUCCCCAACACUGUGUCAGCCUGCCAGAUGCAAGACUGACCCUCUUCUCCGUGUUUCAGGGGGACCUGAAAAAAUUAGAAAUUGGACAAAAAUAUUUCAUAAAGUAUAAAAAUCUGUGCAGUGUAUGAGGAUUGACUAUACGACAGUUGCAGCAGGUAUUUAAUGGUAACGUAAGGAAGUCAAUUUUUACAGAUAUUUGCCAUUUGAUGGUUCAUUUUAGACCCUGUCUGCAGCCAAAUCACAUCCUGAUACUUUGGGCUUCAAAUAGUAAAUAGAGGGCCACAUAAUAUUUUGAGAUGUUAUUGUACUAGUUAAAAGAGAGGUUUAAACUCUCUAUAAGAUUUUAUAGUGAUAUUUUAUUUUCGGAGUGCAGAAUUCAUAAAAACCAUCCUUAUUUAGUGUUUGAAACCAACAUAUAAAACCACUGCUAAAGAAAACAAUCAUUUGUGUAGUUAGACUUUUUUUUGUCUCAAAACCUUAUAGUUGGUGAGACAUUGCCCUUGUGACAACUUCACAACUAGACUAGAUAUUUCAUGUUUGAAUUUCCCUAUUCCUUAUUCUCUCACUGAAAAUCAGCGGCCAUUAGGUUAUUUCAUUCACCUGCAGAAGUGGCUGAAGUAAAGUGGUUGUGUUUCCUCUAACAGCCACAUGAGGGCAGCAGACAUCGCUUUCCUCUUGAAAAUUAAUAUGCAUCCCUCUUCCAGCCUACCUUUCGGAAAUGUAUAAAAAGGUUGGUUCUUUGGUUCAAAACAUACUGAAAAAUGUAUAUGAAAUUCCUUUUCUUCUAAUAUUAAAAUUAUAUUACUAAAAUAUACAUAUGAAAAUAUGAAAUCUGGACAUUGGGGGUCGUUACUUGCUCUUUCUUAUGUGUUAAUCUGCAUCACAGAGAAAUCCUACAUAAAUAAGAAGAGCAUACUAUACUAACUAUACCAUACUAUACUAUUCUAAAACAAUUUUAAGUCAUAUUGUUAUCAAUGUUUAA